ACCCCCCACCCCAGGAGCUCCAUCAGAUAUUGGAACGGGGUGUGGUAUUACACUCAGCAUUCCUCCUGGGAGCUCUGAGUAUUUUUCCUCAUGAGCCCUAUUUACAGCUAGAGAGGGAACCUGUGUGAGAGAGGGCAAGUGGACCACUCAGUCCCUGACCUCAGGAGGCUGAGAGAGACUCUCUUGAUUGAAGGGAACUCCCUCCUCCCGAUUGUGAGUGGCAACUCCCUUCCUCCUGCAUUUUAGAGGCCCUGCUCUUGAUUGCUCAGUGCCUGAUACAGAAGCGGACCCUGAAAGUACGUCAGAGCCAGAGGAAGGAGAGUUCUGGGACCAGUAGCUUGCUCUGUGGCACUGACUGGAGGAACUCCAGCAACCUGAUGUGCAUGCCAUAGCUCGCCACCUUUCCCCACAAGGAGCUGCAAUAACUCAGAGGUUUCUGAAGCCAGCAAAGGGCUUCUGAGGAGCAGAGCCUGAAGCGGCGGCAACAGCAGCAGCCCCAGCAGCACCCAACGCCAGUGACAGAGGGAAACUUCAGAUCCCGAGGCAAAAAGGAAAACAGCGACCGAGUGAACCUGCUUGCCCACUGAUUGGAGCAACGGAAGGACAGCCCUAGUUCCUGCUCCCGCAGUCUUGAAGGGCCCUGUAAAAGCCAAACAACUGAGGCAUGGCCGAAGGGGAGAUCACAACCUUCACAGCCCUGACCGAAAGAUUUAACCUGCCACUGGGGAAUUACAAGAAGCCCAAGCUUCUCUACUGUAGCAAUGGGGGCCACUUUCUGAGGAUCCUUCCUGAUGGCAAAGUGGAUGGGACAAGGGAUAGAAAUGAUCAACACAUUCAACUGCAACUAAGCGCGGAAAGCGUGGGUGAGGUGUAUAUAAAGAGCACUGAGUCUGGCCAGUAUUUGGCUAUGGACACCGAUGGACUUUUAUACGGCUCACAGACACCCAGUGAAGAAUGCCUGUUCCUAGAGAGGUUGGAAGAGAAUCAUUACAAUACCUACGUAUCGAAGAAGCAUGCGGAGAAAAAUUGGUUUGUUGGCCUCAAGAAGAACGGAAGCUGCAAAAGAGGUCCCAGGACUCACUAUGGCCAGAAAGCCAUCCUGUUCCUUCCCCUCCCUGUGUCCUCUGAGUAAGGAAAUCUGAAUCAGGUGUUGGCCACUCCAGAACAAUCCCAGGAGUCUCAAACACCUCCUUUGCUCUCUUCUGGAUCCCUAAAUGUCCCUUUGCCUAUUGGGUAGCCUGACCCUGAGAUCAACAGCCACCUCUAUUUGCAAGCUAUGUGCUUUUAAAUUCCUAGUCCCUCUUAUGCAAAGCCGUUUGCACUAGUAAAGCUCGGCACAAAUGGACCAAAAUGCUGCUAGGGCCAACAGGCCAGGCUGUCCUAGGCUAUGUUUUGAUUUUCCGUUGUUAUGUGGAUCUCAGCAGCAGGACAGGCCUCUCAAAUGCAAAGGUGCAUGCAUGGGGCCAAAUGAAGUAUGUUAAGGGACAUGCCAAAUGAAUCAUUAGUAACUGCAUACAAUUCCUCUCUGAGGGAGCAAACCCCAUCUGCUCUUUUCCCCAAACACCUGGCUCAAAGCCCUCUUCCUUUUAACACCCCACAAAUAUUAGCAGAGUAACUUAUUACAAGAUUGGGGUAGGGGGAGGGCCACCCACAGAAAGCAUAAUCAGGGAUGCAGAACCAAGUAGAAGUGAACAGGCUGCAAUUGGGAAAGGCCAGACAAGACCCUGGAAGGAAGAGAAUCUCAAGGUAGAAAGAACAAAGAAAGAGGAGGAGAAUUAACUGAUAGAAAUCCUUACGCUUCUUCAACCUUUUUUGAGAAAAUUUUAAGAAGAAUGUUGCUGGGAACAGCAGACACCAAUGAAGGUUUUUACGUUGGGUACAAGAUGAGGGUGAUUUGAAAGAGCAGGAAAACCAAGAGCUGAUCAAGUGGUAGACUAUAACAAAGGGGAAAUAUAUUGUCUGGUGGCCUUCAAAUAGGAGGAGUUUAGAAAAGAGGAGGAAGGAGAAAGUAACUAUAUAAAUAGUGGAAGCUUUUACCCUUUAUGAACAGAGAUCAUAAGAUUAGAGAACUGGAGAAGAUCUUAGAGGUCAUCUAGUCCAACUUUCUGAGGAAACUGAGUCCUAGGUCAGUUAAGUGAGUUGCCAAAGGUCACAUAGCUAGUGAAGAAGAGGCAAGAUUUGACUCUGGGUUCUUGAUUCCAAAUUCAGUGUUCUUUCUGCUACAUAUAGUUUGUAGAACUUAGUGUGUAGAGAUGUUGGGAGCCCUAAGAGACCAUGAAUGAGUAGAAGAGAGCUAAGGAGCUACAGAAUAACUCUAAGUUCUGAAAUUCCCUUUCAAUUAGUCAUCCUUAAAAUGCACUGGCCAUGCACCUUGAACUCCUACUUUCAGCAGGCCCCCCAACCACUCCAAGAACCUGCUUGUAUCAUGCUUAUGCCUAUAUUUAAAAAGUUAAUGCAAGUUAACAAAACAGAAGUAUAUAACAUAGGAUAUAGGGUACUGACCUCCAGGAAUGGGUCAUUCUUCUUUCACGGAGCAGUCCAGAAGACUGUCCAUCUCUAGUUUGGCCCCUUCCAGUAUGUCAUUGCCAUGGCAACCCACUCGUAGGGUCACUAUGCCUCACCAAUCUGCCCCUCCUCUGCUGCUCCCCCACCUCUACACCAUGCUAUAGAAGCACUCUAGAACCUCUGAGGGACAGACUGCUCUCCCUCCUUGCAUGACUGCACUGACCAGGGCAGACUCUUGCUGCCACCCCUGCCUCAUCCACCACCAACUCAGCAAAUGUGCCCCAGUUUCAAAGAUGUAACUAGAAAUUUCAGCACCUGGGGAAAGUAAAGUAUGUGUAUGUGUGGGUAGGAGGCAGUGUACACUCCAAUAUCAUUUAUCUUGGUUGUCCUCAGGCCCAAUGCAUUCUGGUUAGAGUUAUAUUGGUUCAACAUGGCCUAGAGUGCAUGGCCUAGAGUGACAAGACCAUGAAGGUGGGAUUGGUCAAGGCAGUGAAGGAAUAAGGAUGAGAAUUACACCCAUGAGCAAAGGUCUGGUGGAUGUUUGUUACAAAUAAGAAGAAUGCCUCCCUCCUGAGAUGAUGGUAUCCUAGUCACCCCAUGCUAAUUACAGUUCUGCCAGGCACAAAAAUUCCUAGUUCCUGCUCUAGAAAAAAUUACUGACUUUAAUGGUGAAAUAGAUGCCUUUUGGACAGUAUCUCAAGGUCUUACAAAGGCACAUUUCACUAAUGGUACAACUCUAGCUACUAUCUUACCAAAGGAAAAAUAGUAUCUCAAUUAUUAUUAAUAUGCUUCUUGCUUGAAGUAAAGCCAAACCAUAUGGCUAGCGAGCUAGUAGAAAUAUAGCUCAUCUCUGACUUACAAUACCGGUAUCUUGUUAAUAGCUUUCCUAUUCCAUAUUAUUUAUUGAGAGCAUAUGUUUUCAUCAUAUACUUAAACCAUCUAGAGACCACCUGCAGUUAAACCUCAUUAAUAUUCACUCAUUAAGGAUGAUGGCCAUAUCAUAUGAUAGCCAAUUCUCUGUAACUCAUAUUACAUUUACUCACAAAAGGAGAUAUCUCUUUCUCUUCUUUGUCUUUGGUUUCCUGUUGUGCUGCUAUGAAUUCUCUACCAGAGAAUUGCCUUGUCUAAGACAGAGGAGACAACAUCGUAACUUUGAGCAAGGUCUCAUGGACCUUGAAAGGCUGAUUGAAGCUUCCAUCACAAGUUUUUAUGAGAGCACUGAGCCAAUGUGAAGUGAGAAAACACCUUAGCAACAGAACUGUCACAUCAAGGUUGGAAGGAAAGUUACAGCUCCCAGAAAAGGUGUUUAAAGUCACAGUGCUGCUGAAUAAUUCAAAUAAAGUGGCUAAGACUGUAAUUAAUAAAGCUACUCUACACUCCGUUCCCUUCUGUGAUCUCCCUUACCCUUUUCUCGUCAAUUAUCUCAUUCGAUCCUAUUAACAAACCCCAUGAAGGAGCUGGGGAUAGUGCUAUCCUGGACGAUAUCUCUCUAGCAUUAUAUCUUAGUCAGAAUAAAAGUUAUCCAAAGAGGAAAUUGAAUGGAUUUCUAAUAGUCUGUAAUGAUGUAUUGUUGAGUUUAGUCCAAGAAACAUUGAACACUGUUGCAAGCUGAUAGGAAAGGAGUUUGUCAUUUUAAAGGCAGACCCUCAUUGUCACAGAACUGUUGUGAUGCUGACAUUAAUUCAGUAACUGCUUCUUUCUUGACUGCUCUAGACCAAGGUUAUGUAUGGCUAGAAGAAGCUAGAGAAUCAUAGGAUUGUAAAGCUAGUGGUUACCUGAGAGGCCAUCAAAUUCACCUCCCUCAUUUUACAGAUGACACAUUGAGAUCCAGAGGGGUCAUAUAGUUAGGAAGUAGCAAAACCGGGGGUUUGAACCCAAGGCCUCUCUUUCCAUGGCACCAUCCUCCUAGUACCUGAGACUCUACUGCCCAGAAGCAGAGUUUUUCCAUAAACUGAUUCAAUUUACUUUCAUGACUAACAAAAACCUAUGGGGAAAUGGGGUGACAACAAUUUGGGACCCAUUAGCCAAGUCAUGUGACCUGGCUGGUUUGUGACUGGAAUGACUCAUCAUGCACAAGCACCAAAGUUUGCCAUUAGGAGCUCUCCCAGGGCACGAUGCUUGUUAUAUAAGAAACAUAUUGCAGAUCCAUUCCUCUCUGUUAUGUAAAAAUCAGUGGCCUGAUUCAUUCAUUUUACUCGGUUGGCUGAGGAAAUGAAAUUGAGAACCAGAUGUCCUGUUCUCUAAAGACUGAGUGACUUCCAUCAGUGAAAAAAACCUCAUGUUAUCCCCUAGUAUAAUGUCUCCUUAGCUCUUCCAAGGGUGUGUCAAAAUGUACCAUAGCAUCCAACCAACUGCGCAAAUGUGUCAGCAGUAGAGGAAGAUAGUUUUCUAAUUCUGAAAAGGAAAUUUGCCAAAACCUAGUGGCCUUGCUCUUGGCUCUUUCCUUCCCUGCUCCGUUUGGAACUUUCUCUGGUUUGUUAUUAAGGAGGGAUCCCCUGCCAUUAUUUUGUAUUUCACUUAUGUGUAUCCUCCUUUCUGGCCUGUCUGUAAUGCAUCCCUGUUUGUAAAACCAUCUAAUGAUGUAUUGUCUGAUGCUCUUGUCCUACUUACUUGUAGGAGCCCUUGGGUUUUUAAUUGUUUUGUGCUGUCAUUUUUUCCCCAGCAGUGGUGACAGAUGUGGCCCCUUUGGGACCAACAGUGAGCAUGUACACAACAGGUGACUAGGGGUAGGGGUACAGUCUGGAGCUAAAGCAGAGGCUUUCCUUUGAAUGAUGGGAAACUAUCCAGCCCUAAGAAGUUAUGGAAGUCAGGACCUAGGCUUCACUGGCAGCAUACUUGGUGUCCAGCUGAGGGGCUGCAGGGAAAACCCAGCCACGGUCUCAUGUGAUUCUCCAUUUUGUGUGUCUCAUCAUCUUAAUAAAAAACAAUAAGUUCAACAGUUAAUAAAAGUUCAACAACAGAA